UCCCUCCGAGCCUCCCUCCCUCUCUCUCCGCUUACAGUAGUGCUAUCUAUCUUCCACUCGAAUCGCAGUCUCUCUGUCAGUAUCCACGAUAUGAGCGCUAUAAUGGCGCGAAACAUGGUACCUCGGCGUCCGAAAGGAACAGUUUCAGCGCACCUGUGCCGGGCUGUGUUUAUCGCCUCGGCUUGGAUGUCACUGAUGGGACCCGUGCGAUGUGACAGCCGGAGCGACGCGCAUCGUAUGCUUGACAGCGGUGGCGGUAUAGGCAUAGACAGGAGAGACGGAAUGUUCGGACAGGACUUGGGUGAUAAUGAUAUGGACAUGGAAUCCCGGCGCUUCAGGAGAGCUCUAUCCCAAGAGAAAGUGUCCCUGCUCAGCAGCUCGUUCGUGCUCAAAGGGGAUGCCACUCACAACCAGGCGAUGGUUCACUGGACGGGGGAGAACAGCAGCGUCAUUCUCAUCCUGACCAAGUAUUACCAUGUCGACUCCAGCAAGGUCCUGGAGAGCUCCCUCUGGAGAUCCAGUGACUAUGGCACCACCUACACAAAGCUCAACCUGAUGCCUGGUACAACCAUCGUGGUCUCUAACUUCUAUAUCUGCCCCACCAACAAGAAAAAGGUAGGAGGUGGUAUAACACUCAGGUGCUUUGGGAAAGCUUGGUGA